AUGGUGGUUUCUGCGGCUUUCAAUGCCUUAUCUCUCCCUGCUAAGCGAAAGGUGAAACACUGCUAUCCGUCCCAGUGGUCAUCUACUCUGCUGGAUGAUUUUGACAGAAUAUCCGCGGAUGAGGUUGACUCCGACUCGUCGGCGGACGCUCUUAUGGGACGGAAUCUGCGACUUCUAGACCUUAUGUCUCAAUCUUCUGUGCUUGAGAAUGGUGAACAUCAUUCAGUAGAGACACAUGUGUCAAAGCAAAGUGAAGAUGGCUUGUCAGAUUUACUUUUGUUACCUCCUUGUGAAACUACGAAUCAACUUGCCUUUAAUGAACAAUUUGUAGUGUCUGAACAGCUCACUGAUGCUGUACGUGAAGGAAGUUUCCUGGACUUUAGUGAAUCAACAGAAAAACAUCCCACAGAGUGUGUCCCUCAAAAUAAAGCAUCAGAGCCAGUGAACACUGAAGAUACUGUACACAAAGGAAGUUUCCUGGGCUUUACUGAAUCAACAGAAAUACAUUCCUCAGAGUUCCUCCCUCAACAUAAAACAGAGCCAUCGAAAACUGGAGAACCUGGCCAAGGAUCCGCUGAAGAAACAUGGCUCACAAAUUCUUACUUAAAUCAAGAGGAAGCAGAAUCUCAAAGUGGAGAAACAUCUGAAAAAACAACCGACACCUUGGGUGAUUCACCAAGCGAUGAGUUAAUCAGAUAUUCUUCAAUGACCCACUGUGAUCCCUCUUCUGAUAUUUGGCAGCCCACUGCAGCAGAACAGAUAGCACUCAGUCCUCAUUACCCAACAGAAAAUGAAGUAUCAACAGAAUCACAACAAAAAACUGAAUUUUUACAUUGUGAUGCUCCUGAGCCUGGUGGGGCUUUAGUCACAGAAAAUGAACCCUCUCUGGAAACAGACACUCUUCAUUCUGAGGAUAAGUAUACAGAUUCUUCAGGUUCAGCAAAAGAUGGGAAAGUGCCAGAUGCUCAAAAUCUUUAUUUAGCAGAAGAGUCAGAAUCUUCCUUAUCCCAACCUGAGCAUUCAGCUCUGGGACAUUCAGGUGAGACUGUGGAACUAAAUGCUCGGUGUAAUUGUCUUAUCAGCAAUCAUUAAAUCUAAAUUCUUUUAGCCAAGGAAAGGA